AUGAAUUUACAACGUUUAUAACUAAAUUUUGUUCAAGAGUAGAGUACUUAUAUGACAUGGAUAUCAAAAAUAUAAGAAUGGAUUUAUGCAGGCUGUGUCAAAACAGAUUCGGCAUAUAUUCCAUAAUUGACGAUGAAGACAUAUUAAUAAGAAUUCAGAAUUACCUGAACAUACAUGUAAAUGAUGAUGUUUCACAUUUACUGCCUAACACAAUAUGUUCAGUGUGUAAGACUGAGUUGCAAAACAUUCAAACAUUUAUUCAGAAUAUCCAAGAGGUUGAUCAAAUAUUACACAAAUUGGCACUUAAUAGCAAUACAUUUGAGGAAUCUGAUAAUACCAGUGACUGCACAAAUUUUAACAAUAGUUUAAAGUGUGAAAAAUGUUCUGCAAUAUUUCAAGACACAAACUUAUUUAAUGAGCACAUAAAAUCACAUUUUAACACAUCACAAUAUAAUUGCCCCAUGUGUUUAAAGUCUUUUACUAAACAGGCAAAUUUCAUUUGUCAUAAGAAAAAACAUUCUGAAAUAUAUUGCCAUCAAUGUGAUUCAUUUUUUGAAAACAAAAUAGACUGUGAUGUUCAUGUUUGUCAAAAUAAAAGUGAUUAUGAAGUAUCGGAGAAAGUAUCCACUAUGAAAUAUGAGUAUGAAUGUGAAAUUUGUAAAAAGAAGUUUUCUAAAAGGAGUUAUUUACAAGCUCACACUAACACUCAUAAGAAUCAAUUUCCUUGUAAAAGAAAAGAUUGCUCAGUCAUUUGUAGUACUUCAUAUGCUUUAAAGAUCCACGAAACUGACCAUGAAGGGAGCAAACCAUUUUUAUGUGUUACUUGUGGAAAAUCAUUUCAAACAAAAAAUUUGUUAAACUGUCACGAAAAAACCCACUUAACAAUUAAGGAUUAUGUUUGCAAACCUUGCAAUCUCCAGUUCUCUGCAAGAAGUAACUUAAGGUGUCACGAAAAGAGUCAUCAUUUAGGAAUAAAAUUUUAUUGUUCAAAGUGUACAAAAUGUUUCACAUCUAAGAAUACUUUAGAGAGACAUGAGAAAAUUCAUACUGGAGUAAAAGAAUUCAAUUGUGAUCAUUGCAAAGCUUCAUUUUACACGAAAAAGGAGUUGCUUAAACAUCAGAAAUAUCACGAGGGCAUAAGGAACUACCAAUGUACAGAAUGUUACAAAUCAUUUUUUGAGAAACAUCAUCUAAUCAUACAUCAGAGGAUACACACAGGAGAAAGGCCAUUUGUAUGCCAAAUUACUGGUUGUGAUAAAUCAUUUAUGGAUAAUCAGAAAUUGAAGCGACACCUUAAGGCUAAGCAUUUCACUUAAGUCACUCACCCGUUUUUUUAAAGUUGAUGUUUAAUUUUAUAUAUGUAUUAUGAGUUGUGAUUUAUUUGCGUAUGAAUAAGUAAAAUAUUUUUUACAAAA